CUUUAUUGUGACGGACCAACAUGGCCGCGGUCAGGAGGGGAGCCGCCUACUUCCUCAGGAGUUCUGCUCGGGUCCUGUUCAACUGUAAAAAUACCACAGUGCAUAAACCGAGGAAAUGGACAAAUGGUCUUUACACAAGUUUUGCGUCUUUGGCCGUCGGCGGUGGGCUGUGUGCUGUACCUUUCAAACAGGUUGAACAGCUCUCUCAUGACUCUCUGAUCAGACGAGCAGCGUCUCUGGUAACAGACAGUUCAACCACUUUUCUCUCACAGGCCACCUUAGCUCUCAUAGACGCCAUCGAUGAGUAUUCAAAAGCUGUGCACAUACUCAAUGCUUUGCAAAGAAAAUACCUGACAUCACUGGGAAAACUCACUAAAGACGAGGAGGAUUCAAUCUGGCAGGUGGCCAUUGGCCAGCGGGCAGAGGCUAGUUAA